UGCGAGUUCUCAUGUAGAAUCUUUGCUUUAAAAAGUGGUUCUUACAAAUGAGUCAUGAAUAAGACCACACCAAGAUAUUAUCACUACAUCUCCUGUCUUCAUGCCCCGAUGGAUCCACUUUUCCAGAAGGCAGACUAUUAAGGGUCAGUGCUGCAUGAGAUGAAGACAAAGGAAGUACAUGAGCAACAGGACCACAUCCCAUCCUCCAUUGUUUGCUCUCACUAGUAGGACAUAGCGGCUAUGAGUGAAGCUCUGUUUCAUGCAAAGACCACUUUCCUUCAGGUAUGGUUGAGGAUGCUGCUCUUUUCUUCCAUAUGGCCCCUGACUUGGUGUGCUGAAUACAAAGGCCCUCCAGAGACAGUGAUACCCUUGAGGGUAACUGUCUCUGGUAAAGAGAUGAGUCUUUCAGGCUGGAUGUCCUAUAGCCUGCACUUUGGAGGCCAGAGACAUGUUAUUUCCAUGAAAUCCAAGAAUUUUUUGGUGUCCAGACAGCUCCCUGUGUUCACAUACAGUGACCAAGGUGUCCUCUUUGAAGACAGACCUUUUGUUCAGAAUGACUGUUAUUACCUUGGUUUUGUGGAUGGCGAUCCAGAAUCCACGGCUGCUCUUACCACCUGUUUUGGGGGCUUUCAAGGAAUAUUACAGAUAAAUGACACAACUUAUGAAAUUAAGCCCAAGAGCCCCUCUUCCACAUUUGAACAUCUGCUUUACAAGAUAGAUAGUGAAAAAACUCAGUUGCGCCCCAUGAGAUGUGGAUUAACAGAUGAAGAAAUAGCAGGGCAAGUGAGAUUUCAAGAAAAUGAUGAGUCCUCUCAAAUAAAAAGUAUCUCUGGGUCGUGGUGGUCUCAUGGAUUGUAUAUUAAACUGGCAUUGGUUAUAGAUCAUAAACAAUUCAUUUAUCAAAAAAGGAAUACUUCUCUUGUGAUAAAAGAUGUAUUUAACAUUAUGAACGAAAUAAAUCUCGUAUUACUUUCAGUGGAAGUUAAUGUGGUUUUAGUUGGACUUACUAUCUGGACUGAAGGAAAUCCCAUACCAGUGGAAGAUAUAUAUACUCUUUUGCCGGCAUUUUGUAUGUGGAAGAGAACAAAUCUUAAUUCUCAGAUAUCAUAUGAUAUUGCACAUCUCUUUGUGAAUUAUACUUUUGAUAACUAUUUUGGCAUAGCCUAUGUAGGAACUGUAUGUAAUAAGACAUUUGAUUGUGGAGUUGAUAGUCUCAUUGAAAAAGAUUCCCUUACCAUUGGACAUAUCGUGGCACAUGAGAUAGGUCACAAUUUGGGGAUGCCACAUGAUGGGAUACUUUGUACUUGUGGAGAAGAAAAAUGUUUGAUGUCUGCUACAAUGGAGAGUUCCAAAAAACUCAGCAACUGCAGUUAUGAAUUCUUGUGGGCAUACAUAGGCAAAAAAGACUGCAUGUGGAAGGAGCCCAGCCCCUUGGAUAUCUACCCAAUGAAGGUCUGUGGGAAUGGUAUAAUUGAAGAAGGUGAGCAGUGUGACUGUGGGACCCCUGAAACCUGUCGCCGUGAUCGUUGCUGUACGCCUAGCUGUACUCUGAGGUCUAGUGCUAAAUGUAGUACCGGACUUUGUUGUAGCCCCAGAUGCCAAAUCCAGCCACCUGGUACUUUGUGUAGAGUUCAGGAGAAUGAAUGUGACCUCCCAGAAUGGUGCAAUGGAACUUCAAAUGAGUGCCCUGAAGAUGUGUUUGUACAGGAUGGAACAUCUUGCCAUGGUAAUGGCCAGUGCUAUAAAAAAAACUGUAACAGCCUUGAUUACCACUGCCAGAGAGUUUUUGGUCAGAAGGCCGUGAAAGCAUCUGACAGUUGCUACAAGGAACUUAAUGCACGUGGUGAUCGUUUUGGUAACUGUGGACUCUUGGACAACUCAUAUGUGAGAUGUGAGACUUCAGACAUUCUCUGUGGGAGGAUUCAGUGUGACAGGGUGGAAGAAAUUCCCCACCUGAAGAGUCAUUAUACUGCUCACUGGACCCAUGUCAAUAAUGUCUCCUGCUGGAGCACUGACUACCAUUUUGGGAUGAAAAUUGCUGAUCUUGGUGACAUAAAAGAUGGCGCAAACUGCGGUCCACAGCAUAUAUGCAUUAACAGAAAGUGUGUUGAUAAGCCAAGUUUGGUAAGUAGUUGUUCACUAGAAACCUGCAACCUUAAAGGAGUCUGCAAUAGUAAGCAACACUGCCAUUGUGAUUCUGACUGGAGCCCACCCGACUGCCAGACACCUGGCACUGGAGGGAGCAUUGACAGUGGUUCUCCUGCAAAAAGCAUCAAGGAAGAUGGUACUACCGCAAACGUGGUCUCGGGAAAAUCUAACACCAUAAGUUGGUUGUUACCUAUUAUUUUUGUGGUUGUAGUUUUACUUGUAUUGUUUUGCUUGUUUAGGGCCACUAAAAAAUCACAUGAAGCAAAAGAAGCUCAACCACAAGAUGUAGAGGCUAAACCACAAGAUGUAGAGGAGGCUGAACCACAAGAUGUAGAGGCUGAACCACAACCUGUAGAGGCUGAACCUGAACCACAAGAUGUAGAGGCUGAACCACAGGAUGUAGAGGCCCCAGAUAACUAAGAGGCUAAAUCAUGAGACAAGAAAGAAGAGGCUAAACCAUCCAAUGAGAAAAGAAGCUAAACCUAUUAGAUGAGAGAGAGAAAGGGAGAGAAAGAGAGAGAGAGAGAAAGAGAGAGAGAGAGAGAGAGAGAAGCAGCUCAACUUCAACAGCUUCACUUCUUCAACUUCAACCCACACAGAACAGAAAAAAUCUAAUGAGUUGUCAAAAUAAUCUUUAAAAUUUACUGAAAUUUACCACAUAGAAAUAUUUAGCAUCCUGGUGUGAGAGAUCCUAAUGUGUAUCAUAAAUCACAGAUAGAAGAUCCCAGCAAUUUAUAAUAGGUUAGAAUAAUACACAUUUAUCAUCCAAUAAAGAUGAGAACAACCAUA